GAAAUUAACGAGGCCGAGGCCGAGACCGGGCGGGCGGACAGCUGCGAGCGAGCGAGCCGGACUCGGACAGCCAGCGUAACAGCAAGCCAGUGGCGCGCGCCCCGGAAAGGAAGAGCAGGCGAGGCAACCGACGGCCUCGUCGGUGCCAAGCCCGGCCAAGCGCAACCGGACAAGCCGCCAAGCGGGGAAGGGGAGGGAGGAUCGGGAUGGUGGUCGCGAGGGCCAAGGCGAAGGCGCCGCCCGCGGCGGGCGCCGGCGCCGGCGCGGCGGGGCGGCGGGGCGGCGGCGUCAGGGUGGGCCCGGCGAGGCUCGAGGGCCUCCCCGCGGCGUGGCCGGCGGGCGCCGCCGCCGUCAAGGUCAAGUGGCCCACGCCCGGGGGCGCGCUCGCGCACAUGCUCACGGGGCGGUGGGCGCGCGGGGUCACCGCCGUCGAGCCCGUCACCGCCGGCGGCACCGCGCGCUGGGAGCCCCGCGACGGCAACCGCUUCAGCCUCCACGUCGGGCCCGCCGGCGGCCGCGCUGAGCGCGGCGUCUUCUUCUCCGUCCUCUAUGGAUUCCAAGAACAUGGCCGGGGCAAGGACCUGGUGAGGCUGGAGGAGAUCGGGACAGCCAUGAUAAGCCUGGAGGAGUGCUGCUGGGAGAUGCAACUGCAGCAGCAGCGCCAGCAGCUGGUGGUUGUCCCCAUCAGGCUGAGCAAGGACGGAUGGGCAAGUGAUGCCAUGCUUUAUGUGAACGUGGAGCUCGUGGAUGUGAACACACGCUCCGACGUCGAAAGGGCCGUCUCGUUCAGGGAGAAGCCAAGAACGAGCAUGCCGCCGCCCCCGGCAAUGCGAGACCUCCGCAAGAGCUUGGAGGCAGCGGCGUACCAUGACGUUCUUGAUCUGAGGCAGCUGCUUGACCUGGCUGAGAAGGAGGGCCGGGUGGCUGUGUUCGGGAGCAAAAGGAUCUCUGAUUCCAGCAGCGUGAGCAGCAUAAGCAGCAGCUGCAGCAGCAGCAGCAGUAGCAGCAGCACAAUCAGCAUCAGCAGUGCCAGCACCAGUGGGGGCGCGAGCCCGGAGCCCGCCUCGACGUCGAAGCGCCGGUUCCUGCCAUGGAUGCGGAGAAGCAGGGACUUUGACAAGAGGAGCUCCGAGUCGCUCUCCCAGGAACUGCCGAUGAAGUGCAUGGACGACGAUCCAGCCGGCAGCUGGGAGACGCGCGAGUUCACGAGCAGGGACGCGGAGACGAAGCUCCGGACGCCGGUGUUCUUCGCGUCCAUCGACCAGCGUGACGACAGCGCCGGCGGGGAGAGCGCGUGCACGGCGCUGGUGGCGGUGCUCGCCGCGGCGCUCCACGCCAACCACCCAACGAUGCCCACGCGACCGGAGCUGGACGCGCUCAUCCGGGACGGCUCGUCGGAGUGGCGGAAGCUCUGCGACGACGAGGCCCACAUGGCGCAGUUCCCGAACCGGCACUUCGACCUGGAGACCGUCCUCGCCGCCCGGACGCGGCCCAUCGCCGUGCAGCACGACAAGGCCUUCGUCGGCUUCUUCCAGCCGGAGAGCUUCGCGUCGCUGUCCGGCGCCAUGUCGUUCGACGACAUCUGGCGCGAGAUCGGCGGCGGCGAGCGCGAGCCGGGGCGCGCGGACGUUUACAUUGUGAGCUGGAACGACCACUUCUUCGUGCUCAAGGUGGAGAGCGACUGCUACUACAUCAUCGACACGCUGGGCGAGCGGCUGCACGAGGGCUGCGACAGGGCCUACAUGCUGAGGUUCGAUGGCACGUCGGAGAUGCUGUCGACGGCGCCGGCCGAGGACAAGGAGGAGGUGAUCGUAACCGGGAAGGAGUGCUGCAGGGAGUUCAUCAAGAGGUUCUUGGCCGCCAUACCGCUCAGGGAGGAGCUGGAGAUCGAGAAGAAAGGUGCUGGCGGCAUCGAUGCCGUCGGUGCGCCGCACCGGCGGCUGCAGAUCGAGUUCCACUUCACAGUCCUGCAGCACGACGAAAGAUGACCAGCAGGUGAUCUUAUAGCAGUGAUGGGAUGUAUCUUCUUCCCUGAUUUCACUGUACUAACAUAAUGUAAAUUCAUAUACACACGGUAAAGAAACAGGAAAUUGCAGCACUACAAAUACAGGCUAGGAUUGUUGGUUCUCUUUGUACCAUUUUAGAUAGGAAACAGGUAGUGGAAAAAUACAGGGGGCAGUGCUCGUUUGGUAACCUUCUUCUUUCAAAAGGGUUUGGAUCCACCUCUGGAUACCUUUCACUUGUAUCAUAUUAUUUUUUGUAAGCGAGCUCAGUACUACAUGAAAAUUACUUGCCUACCUAGCAGUUGUGA